UUUGAAGAAUGAUGACAUAUUUGUCUGCUUGGCUCUAGAUGUUUUGGCUUGGUUUGGUUGGAUCUUGUAGUUUACAUAUCUGGGUUGAGAAGGUUAUUCUGUAAUAACUUCCAUGGGGAAAAUACCCCAUGUGACUCAAGGGUUUUGAUUAGACACUCUGUUCUUUCUCUUUUUUUGCCAGAACUCAGGGUAGCAGUACAAUAGAAAAGAGAAAGUAACAAUACCUUGUCCAAGCUUGCCACAUUGGUUUAUCAUGGAAGAAUUCCAGAAGUGGCUCUUCACUCUCAUUGGGGCCAUCACUUGUUUGAUUUGUCUGGUGAACUGCAUUUGGUCUUUGAAAUAUUUCUUCCCACAUAUAUGGAGUCCAAUGCCUCAGUCUUUUUUCCAGUCCAUGGGGGAAUGGGCAGUGAUCACAGGAGCAGGGGAUGGGAUUGGAAAAGCCUAUUCGUUUGAGCUGGCUAAGCGGGGAUUAAAUACUGUUCUGAUCAGCAGAACACUCGAAAAGCUGAAGAAGGUAGCCUCUGAAAUUGAGAAAGCCACAGGAAGAAAUGUGAAAAUUAUACAAGCUGAUUUCACUAAAAAUGACAUAUAUGAUGAUAUCAAAGAAAGACUUCAAGGUUUAGAAAUUGGAAUUUUGGUUAACAAUGUUGGAAUGCUUCACAACAUCUAUCCUUGUUGUUUCCUUGAUGGAACCAAGAAAGAUGAGGAUCUCAUCAAUUGCAACAUGAUCUCAGUCUCUAAGAUGACACAGAUAAUUAUGAAACAGAUGGUAUCAAGACAAAAGGGACUUAUUCUGAACAUUGCUUCUGCUGUGGGAACUUUCCCCUGCCCAUUGUAUACCAUCUAUUCUGCUUCUAAAGCUUUUGUGUACACAUUCUCCAAAGCACUUGAAGUGGAAUAUAAAACAAAGGGAAUUAUCAUACAGGUAGUGACUCCUUAUGGUGUAUCUACUCCAAUGUCCAAGAACCCAAAACCUAAUCUAAUAACAAAGUCAGCAAAAGCAUUUGUUAGAGAAUCCCUGGAUUAUGUGAGACUCAGCAAUGAAACACACGGAUGCUUAGCCCAUGAAAUCUUGGCAUUCUUCUUGCAUUUUGUCCCUUUGUGGGUCUUUCACACUGACAGAGUACAAGAAAUUAUUCUACGCCUGAAUCCAAAAUACCUGAAAAAGAUGCAGAAGAGAACCUGACCAAGCUUCAUUGUACUGCAUGUCAUUGCUUGAUAGUCUGGCAUGAAUUAUGUCCAAUAAGAAUCAAUUGAAACAUUUUCAGUAUAAGUAUAAAAAGCUCUUCAGAGU